AUGAAUUUAUAAAAUGAAGGCUCUAUUGAGUUAUCUGGAAAUCCAGUUUCAAGGGCUGGUGAAGAUGAAGCGGUGUAGUAUUAAAAAAGACUGUCUGUUAUCAUCUUAAAUCAAAUUGAACGAAAAACAUUAAAAAAAAAGUCCACAAUUAUCCAAAGCUCCAAACGGGAUGUCUUUGAGGAUAGUCUAUCCACUAGAAUUUAUUUUGAAAGGUACCGAGUUUUGGAAUAAGGGAGGUUUUGGGUAAUUUGUGCUACUCUAGUUUUAGUUGUUUUAGAGGUGUAAAUUAUAUUAAAUAUUUAUAGUAUGAAGCUUCUUUUAUGCAUCAAUUAACGGACACUUAUGAUACCGAAAUAAAAAUAUUACUCUAUCUAAUAAUGAUCCUCUCUAUAGUUACAAGUAUAUUACUCAUAUAUUUAGUCAUUAUGACAUUAAUUGCUUAUUUAGCAGAACUUGAAUUCAAGAAACGCUCUCUUUCGAUUCCCAAGGCCAGCAAUAUAUUUGAGACUAAUCUGAUUUUCCUUUUGAUUUUGGAGGUCAUCAUCCUAUUACCUUGUCCAACACCCUACACCAUGGAAUUCAAAAUAUUCUAUGUGUAAAGAUAUUCAGACCAAAUCAGAUUUUAUUUCUUAAAUGAGAUUUUGACUUUCAUAAUGCUCUUUAGAUCCUUGCUAAUUCUAAACACAGCAUUUAAAUUCCAAGACUUCUAUUCCAAUCGAGUCAAUAGAUUAUGGUAUAUAUUGCUCACAAUUUAAGUCGUAUUUAUUCAGUGGAUUUUGGUCCCCACUUUAUAUUUAAAGUAGCCAUUAGAGAACACCCCUACAAGACUAUCUGCGGACUCUUUAUUAUAGGACUAUUUAUUUUCUCCUACUAAUUAGAGAUUUCAGAAAGAUCUUUGUUAAGAACAGAAUAAGAGGUGAUGUCUUAUAAUGUUAAUAAUUCUCUUUGGGUUUGUAUGAUAACAAUAUUCACAGUCGGUUAUGGUGAUCUAUACCCAUUAACUGAUCUUGGAAGAUUUUCAAUGACUUUAGGUUUAUUCUAUGGAGUUGCAUUGACUUCUUUGUUUACAGCUAUACUUUAUGCAGACUUGUAACCCUUCACAGCCGAAAUACGUUCUAUAACCUUAUUAGAUAAGGCCAAUUUAAAAAUUUCAAUAAAGUCAUUUGCUUAAAAGGCUAUAUUUAAUUUACUUAAACUACAACAGUACUUCUAAAAGAGCAAAUAAAAACAUAUCCAAAGAAAUCCAGCCAUCAAAUAAAGAGUCACUUACAUCAGAGGUAUUUUACAAAAAAGCGAGAAUAUGAGAAGGUAAUGCUGAAUUGUAUUUUAUAAUAGAAACUACAGAACAAUUGACACUGAAGACUUACUUUCAAUGGGGGAGAGAAGAUUUCAAGAAAUGACUCAUUUUUUCUAUGAGUAUUAUGGUAUGCUUGAAUAGAUGUAAUAAUAACAAGAGCUAUUGGAAGAUUUUGAUACACAAAAAAUAAAUUCAAUUAAGAAAAGCCACUCAGUGACAUCAGCCAGUCUUGAAAUAAAGAGCAAAGAUGACUAAUAUUUUGAAGAACUGAUUGAUUCCUAAUCACAAAAUCAAUAAUUAAUGAAAUUUAAUGACGAAGACUGA